AUGAGCAACACUGAUGGUAACAAUAGCUUCCAGCUCCUCCAGCAAAUCUUUGAAACAAGCACAGCCAGCCUGAAGUUCUACUGCAAAUGUGCCCUGGUCAGCAAGGAGAGCAUGAGCUCUGAAGGCAGCAGUGCACUGGCUGUGUUGGCCAAGAAAAAAGAGAAGGGGAAGAAUUGUGUGGCCAACAUCCGCACGGAGAUUGUUGAUAGGGGGGAUCUGGAGGCAUUGGGCAUGGCCAACCCUCCAGAUGAGGACAAGAUAUGGUUCAGUAAUGCAGACUGCAAGAGAAGAGGCAACAGUGCCUUUGACAAGGAGUUGAAGAAGGAGAGGGAGACCCAAAUUGACCUUUGCUAUGGUACAGACGCAGAGUUUGAGGCCAAGAGAGUGCAGGUGGGCCAGGUUGGGGAGUACGCCGGACAAGUCAAGGCUGCCCAGAAGAAGGCCAGGCUCUCUGCUGAGGAGAGGGAAGGCCUGUGCAUCAUGUGCAAGGCCCUUAUUGAUGCCAAGUACAAGGCAAAUGCUGGGAGGACAUUCAAGGAGGAUAUGGGAGAACAACUGCAGAAGACCUUCAAGCAGAAGGUCUUGGGGGCCAGGGUGUGCUUUGCCUUCAAGCACAAGAAGGUCAAACAUGGCCUGCUUGACAGCCUCCUCCUAGCCUGGAUGAGUGUCAAGGAGGGGGGAUGA